AAAUUAACACACACAAACAAAGAAGCUAGAACAGCACAUAAUUAUUUUAAUUCUGCUGUUCUUGUGUCAAUUCGCUGUUUUCCUUAAUUUAUUGUGCAGUCAUCGGUUCACCAUCAUUGUUGGUGUAAGAAACAGAAGGAGUUUUCGUCAAUCGUUCCUGAAUACGUGACAAAAUAGCGCAAUGAAGAACCGUAAGUUUGUAAACAGCGAUAUUGAACCAAAAAAGAAUGGAAUACACCAUACAAACGGAUACAGAAGCAGUGAAAAUAUCAUUAAAAGUAAAUUAACGAAUGAACAUCAAGACAACAAUGUAGCAACUGACAAGUACAAAAGUAUUCAUGAUUCCAAAGAAAGUUUUGAGGAAGCACCUCUUAUCACUGCCUGCCUCACAUACUUUGGCUUUUAUUUGUUAAUGAUUAUUGGCUAUAUAAAUCAAUUAUUUUUCGAACCUAAAGUCGCAACUGAGAAGAACCGCGAUGGAUAUGUUCCUUUAUUUGAUUCCUUCGAAAGAUUUUAUCUCCGUUACGUAUAUCGUCGUGUAAAGGAUUGCUGGAAUCGACCAAUUUGUAGCUGUCCAGCUGAUACACUUGUGCUUAAAGACCGAAUAACACCGGAUUUUGGAUGGAGCUUUGAGUUCACUGGAACCACGACGAAAUGUCUGAAUCUCGGAUCGUACAAUUAUUUGGGAUUUGCACAAACAUCAGGACCAUGUGCUGAGGAUUCAAUUAAGUCAAUAGAAAAGUAUGGAAUAGCUACAUGUAAUGCGCGCAGGGAAUUGGGAACAAAUGCUUUACAUAUAGAAUUAGAAGAAUUGACAGCAAAGUUCUUUGGUGUUGAAGAUGCUAUUGUUUUUGGAAUGGGAUUCGCAACAAAUGCCUUAAAUCUGCCAUCAUUAUUAUCUCCUGGAUGUCUCGUAGUGUCUGACGAAAAGAAUCAUGCCUCAAUUAUUCUUGGAUUAAGGCUUUCAGGAGCAACAAUUAAAGUUUAUAAGCACAAUAAUGUAAAGCAUAUGGAGAAAGUUAUUGUAGACUCAAUUGCAUAUGGACAGAAGAAUGGCAAGCCAUGGAAGAAGAUACUAAUUAUUUUGGAAGGUGUAUUUAGUAUGGAAGGAUCGAUUGUAAAACUGCCUCAAAUUGUUGAAAUCAAGAAAAAGUAUGGAGCAUAUAUUUAUUUGGACGAAGCCCACAGUAUUGGUGCAACUGGUUCACAUGGACGUGGAGUUACAGACUUUUAUGGUGUUGAUCCAAAAGAUAUUGAUAUUUUAAUGGGAACAUUUACGAAGAGCUUUGGAUCGGCUGGAGGCUACAUCGCUGGCUCAAAAAGUCUAAUCAAUUUCUUACGAGCUAAUAGUCAUGCUCAUUGUUAUGCAAGUUCAAUGGCACCAGCCGUAACACAACAAAUUCUGACCUCAAUGAAGAUUAUUAUGGGAUUGGAUGGAACAAAUGAGGGUAAAAAGAGAAUUGACCAACUAGCCAGAAAUACAAGAUAUUUUAGAAAACGUUUAGCACAAAUCGGUGUUAUUACUUAUGGACAUGAAGAUUCACCCGUUGUUCCUAUGCUCGUUUACUUGUUCUCAAAAAUUGGUGCCGUUGUAAGAACAUUGACAACAAGAAACAUAGCAGUAGUAGGUGCUGGUUUUCCAGCCACACCAAUCAUGGAAGGACGAAUUCGUUUCUGUUUAUCAGCAGCGCAUUCCAAAGACCAACUUGACUACGCAUUAAGUGUCAUUGACGAAAUUGGUGACAAAUUAGGACUAAAAUAUUCACGAAAACCAAAAGAUCCAAACCCAAUCGAAUAUUAAUUAUUGAGAGAUAUUAGAUUAAAAAAGUUAUUAAUGCUGUAUUUCCUCUUCUAACUUGUGCUCAGAUUAUUAAUUAUUUUUAUUUUGUUUUAUAUACACAGCAAAAGUAUUUUUAUUCGGUAUAGAGAAGAUAUUGGAACUAGCUUUGAGAAUUGACAGUUCUUGACUAGCAAAUUGGCUUACAUUUAAGUUAAUACCUCAGAAUAUUAAUGAAAACUUUAAGAAAAAAAUCUCGUAAAAUCUAGCUGGAAACGCAGUUUAUUUAAUCAUUGCGAAUUUUAAUGUUACGUAUGUAUUUAAGCUUUAAAACCUCAAAUUUGUUUUUUUUUCUUCUUCUCUCGUCUUUGAACUUAUAAGUAAAUAGAUUAUAAUACAAAACAAAACUUUAAGAUA